AUGAAGACUUCAUUCAUCGCCAUUACCCUCAUUGGUGCCGCGGCUGCCGCCCCAUUCAAGACCAUCGCCAAGCGUGAGGUUCCCCAGGAGCAUGCCCACGAGAACGUCCUCCGUGCUGUCCAGACCUCGUUGGAGUUGGACAACCCCGACAAGAUUACGAACACUGUCUUCGGUCUUCUCGGCGCUAAGGCAGCUGCAGAGGGUGCUGGAAACAUCAAGGAUACCGACUGUCUCCAGCAAGCCAUUGCUGAUCAGGCUUUCACCAACGCAAAGGCGGCUAACGAUGUUGAGGGUAUGACCAUGGCUUUGGUUUACCGUGCCCUGGAACGCAACACUGGCUCUGUCGGUCUUGCCUCUGCCGCUUGCGAGUCCAUCAAGGCCGUCAACCCCGAGAUCGCUGCCCUCCAACAGCAUCAGGACCCUGCUUCCGACGGAGCUGCGGCACUCAACAAGCAAAUUGCUACCACUCUUGGAGAACAGAUCGCUGCCAUCGGCGGUGACGUUACGAUGGCCAACGAGGCUUCAACCUUCGCCCCUGGCGAGAUCGGUGACCCUACUGGUGCCGGUAACACCUGCGAUGACGCCGACGAUGCUGCUGGAUGUAUCAAUACUCUCAAGCUUCGUGUAGAUGAUCUUUCCGCAGACGAGCUUGCGGCUAUAUCAGCCGGUGGUGCCGCUGCUGCUGGUGCAGCCAACAACACUGCAGACGCUGCCGCAAAGGGUGCCAACAACAAGGGCAACGCUGAGGAUGCUGCCGCUGGGGAUGCUGCUGCUGCUGAGGAUGCUGGCGCACAGGAUGCCGCCGCUCAGUGUGCCGCUGAUCCUGCCGCCGCCAACGCCUCCAACGCCAAUGCCGCCGCCGAGGCAGCAGCAAAGGCUGCACAAAAGGCCGAUGGUGCAAACGCUGGCGCCAAAGCUUCGGCCGACGGAAUCUCUAAACUUCUUGCCAGCGCAGGAGUUUCGGAUGCGGAUGUUGCCAAGGCCCUUGGUCUUAACUAA